UAUUUUUUUUUUGGGAUGAAUAGAUGUAAACAGAACAAAGUAACAUUCUCUGAUUUCUCCCCCCCCCCAGCAUUUAUCGCCCUGUGCCAGAAUGGCAUAGAGGCCAGGGGUGCAGUAUGUGAAGGCAGGACAGCACAUCUCCCCUGUGAAAGGGGCUUCAUCAAGUUGAUCUCAGCCAGCUAUGGACGGAGUGACAGAACCACCUGCAGCAGCGGACGCCCAUCAAAUCAGCUUUCAAACACCCAAUGCCACCAGUACCGGUCUCGACGCAUCAUGUCUGACAGGUGCGAUGGAAUGUCUAGUUGUACUGUACCCGUUACAAACUCUGUGUUCUCUGAUCCUUGUCGUGGGACUUAUAAAUACUUGGAUGUAUCUUUCACAUGCCUCCCAGCCAGCAGAAGUGUAACUUGUGAAAACUCCCGGAAUGUUAUCAGCUGCGCCAGGGGAAGCCUGUCUAUUCAUCACGCCAAUUAUGGAAGGAGGGAUCGCCUGACCUGCCCCCAUAGACUAGCAACAACCUCCCACUGUUACCACUCUCAAACAAGCAACCUACGCUCCAGAUGCAAUGGGAGGAAUUCCUGUCAGUUACAUGCUUCAAACGCCAUCUUCUCUGAUCCCUGUCGUGGUGUCAACAAGUACUUGGAAGUGACAUAUAGUUGUAACAACCAUAUCACCUCUUCUGGAGAAAUCACAGCUGCAGAACAGGACACAUAAUGAGAGCUAUUGUAGUGAGCUUCACAAUCACACACAGCAGUGUAAAUAUUAAAGUAGAAUGUAUGUAUAUUGCAAAAUGUGCAAAA